AACCUUUUCGGAUCUAAAUUAUUAAAAUUUUAUACGUAUUCCACUUCUUUACCCUUUGGAAAAUAAAAUGAAAUUGCUUAAGUCAUUGAGUUUGCUUCCACGAUGUGUUUCCCCGUUGCAAAAAUGUUAUUCGACCGAUCUUAUCAAUUUGGUGGGAGUUCCUAGGGUUAAGAUAACGAAAGGUGAGAAUCGUUAUUUGUUAGUGAUGAUCCAUACCCACGGAUAUACGAAUUUUGGAAGGGUUAUCGUCCGUGGAGCUAAUGUCGACAAUCAUUUGGAAGUUUAUGAUGCAAUCUUGGCGGAGUUGGAACCAGAGGGAAUAUGUGCAAAAUUCCUUGGCGGAGGAAGGAUUCUCAAUGAGGAAAACAAGCAGAAAAUCAAGAUUUAUGGAACCUCUAGAACAUUUGGUACUGCUGAUCACAAAAGGACGAGAAACAUAUUGCAAUCGUGGACCGCAUACAAGGAUUUUCGGAUCUCCGUUAAGGGAUAACGUUGCACCUUUUUUUGGAAAUCUCUCUCUUUAACAUUAAAUUAAUUUAACAAAUCGGAAAA